UCUAUCUCAUUGGCGUUCCAAUUAUUUUGGGAAGUAGGAAGUUAAAAGAUUUCUAGGUUAUCGUGGAUUAUUGGAUGGUUGUUAUUAUAUUUUGUUUUUGUUCAUAAACGAGUGUUUUCUAAUAACACUUCUGACUUGAGCAAAAGGUACCGUACUUUACGGUGGCAUCUUUGGAUUUUGCGUUUUGCAGCUUCGGGUGCAUCUUACUGCUCAACCAUGUCGUCGGACUAUCGAGGCAAAACAAACUAUUUCGGCGACCGUCCCAUGCCAAUUGCGGGACGCGUUUCCGAUGAGCGAGAGCGUCUUACCAGCAUGACCAUGGAGGAGCGAGAAUGGCGUGCGAAGUGGUGCAAAGAUCAGGAAUUGGCGCCCGAUGAACCAAAAUAUCUCCCCGAAAUGGAUCGCAUAAUGAAUAAUCCCAUUCAGCGCUUCUACAAAACCCCCCUGAAUUGGCUCUUCUACACCAAACUGGAGCCGGUCAUUGGUCCUCACGCUGCUCUGUUCUUCCGUCACGUUAUUCCAAAAGGACUGCUAGCUUGGGUCAUUGGAUGUUGCAUUUUCUAUAACCUGAAAUAUCGCCAGUCGAGCUGGGAACGAGAUAGUGGCUGGAUGUUCAGAUGGGGAAAACCUACCUUGUUGCCGGGUGAUCCUGGAUAUCCUAACCGUGAUCCGGUGAAUUACUCAGACUACUACAGUAAAGGCUUUUAUGAACGGAACGUCUUCUUGGAUAUGGGUGUCCACGGAACAUCUUCGUAUUCAAAAUAAGCUGUCCGCUAGCCCAGUUUGGUUUGAGUUUUAUUGUGUGGUGUUCUUUCACAUAACUUCAUGGCAUAAUGGAACGGUUUAGUCCCUUUUGUGAGGGAAAUUCUUGGCAAUUUUAGCCUUCAAUAUGUAAAUAAUUUCUUGGUGUGGCGGAAAUGCGUGCAGCACUGGCAUGCAGCUUUACUACCCCAGUGGGUCUGAAAACAACCUAAAUUGCGGCUCACUUGCAAGAUAACUGCAUCAUGAAGGGCGAUAUCGUAUUUCGAUGUGUGGUUAUACCGUUAAACCCUUGUAGUUCAGUAUUUCCGUCACUAUUUCGUCUUCUUUAUAAUUGCUGAGACUGAGGCAAUUUCUGGAUGGUUUACUAAAUGCAUGCGGGAUGACUGAACUGCUCUGUAGUCUGUACUUAUGUACAGACUGCAGCACCGGUACAUACAAUACAUGAACAUUGA